AUGAAGGUCCUCUCCGGUCAUCGAAGAGUACAAGCAUACAAAACAGCUGGGUUGAACAAUAUACGAGUUACCGUUAUCAAUCCAGAAGAAGAAGCGGACUUUAGCCUUUAUCAUUUUUUCUCUAGCACUUUCAAAGGACGGGCUGAGCCUCAUCAUUACGACUAUGACCGUGUAACCCUUUUUAUUGAAAUAUGUCAAUUUGAUGAAUUAGCUGAUGCUCUUCUAGAGUUGAGAUCAUUUGUUAAACCACUAUCAGUUGCAUGCCUGAUGAACAUUUUGCGAAGAUUUAAAAUCAAUCCGAGAAGUACAUUAGAAGUGUUGAACUCCGCACAGCCUGACAUGACCGAAUCCGCAUUAAGAAAGACUAUUUCCGUUAUUCAGCCGGAUGCACGACAUUUACUCUGUAAAAAAGGUUGUCCUUCGUCCGAUGCGGAAGAAUUGCUAACACUGUUUGGAAGAAAUCCCAAUUUCCCACAUUUCGUUCGGGGAAUGGAUGUCCGAAGCAACAACAAAACCCUCGGUCUGGAAUUCAUCAAAAUGAGAUUUGAAUCGUAUCUUAAAAAAUCCGCUCAUAAAUCAGCUGAAGCUUUACACAAACCCUAUAUAUACAUUUCUGAGGAUAAUUCGAAUUGUGACUUGUUCAUCACAGACCACGAGCCGUACUUGGAUUCCACCGAAGAGGGAGUAGCGCUAUUAAUAGGAAAACAUUCAAUUGGGGCUACGCAUCACACAAUCGUGUUAAACGAUGAGUCCAGUUGGAAAGACGAAGAAGGAGGUCAGUUUGUGUGA